UCCCGACUCUCGCAGUGUUCGCAGGGCUUUCAAGAUGAUCCGCUUAGUGAAUCAAGUGUUUUUCUUCCCGCUGCUGAUAUCAAUUUUUGGACUCUGCCUGUCCGAGAGCCACAGACCCUACCCGCCACCGCCGCCCCCCAAUCCGACGGGGAUUCAUUUUCCAGUGGAUCGCGACAUCCUGUUCCCGGACUCGAACGGUCCUGAGGAGCGAAUGUGGUAUCGCAUAACCGAGUUUAGUUUCGACCAGACGGAGAACCUGCCUCAGCCUAAGCACAAACACAGCCAUCCACCGCCGCGGCCGGGUCAGCCCUUUCCUCCGCCACCCGGGGACUUCAAGCGGAGGAAUAAGAACCAUAAGCGACGUCGCAUCUGCGAGGAGAAAUACUCGGAGUACGUGGAGCGAAUCUUCCCCAAUGAUACGGCAGUGGCCGCGGAUGCCAAUGAUGCGGACUUUGACGGACGAGUGUUGGCCAGGCCGGGCGAAUACCCACACAUGGCCGCCGUGGGCUUUCAGACUGAGACCGGGAGCGUGGACUACAAGUGUGGCGGCAGCUUGAUCAGUGAGAGCUUCGUGCUGACUGCCGCCCAUUGCACAUCCAUCUACGAAUCGGUGCCCCAAUGGGUGCGCAUCGGAGACCUCAACCUGGUGGUCGAUGAACGGACAGUGGAGCCCCAGCUAUUCCGCAUUCAGGAAAUAAUUACUCAUCCUAGCUACAACAAGGAGCUCUACUACAACGACAUUGCUCUUCUGAGCCUCGUACGGGAGGUGCAAUUAACCGCCUUCGUAAGGCCCAUCCGCCUUUGGAUCUUCUCGGAGCUGCCCACAACGAUAGCCUUCGCCAUGGGCUACGGAGCUACAAGCUUCGCAAAAGCCAUGACAAACCGCCUCACGAAUCUCAACCUGACCAUUGUGCCGAAUGCCGAGUGUAAUACGGAGUUACCGGCUCUGGCGGAGGCUCCUAACGGCGUUAUGGACACCCAGAUCUGUGCCCAGGACUACAUCCUCAAUCGCGACACCUGCCAAGGUGACUCGGGGGGACCGCUUCAACUUAACCUACCAGGUCGCCGACGGCAGCAGAGAAUCCACUACCACCUUAUAGGUGUCACUUCGUACGGAGUAUUCUGCCGCAGCAGUUAUCCUUCGGUUUACACUAGGGUGUCCUCCUACCUGGACUGGAUAGAGCAAACAGUGUGGCCCGAUUCUGGUUAGAUCUUUUAAAUUAACAUGGAAAAUUAAAAAAAGUAUUGUGGUA